AGCAGAGCCUGCAAUCAGAAAUAUUUCGGCAACGACGCGAUGGUCUGUGUUUGUAACAGUACCUAUUGCGACUCCCAGGAUCCUGUUGUCCUCCCUCCUUUGGGUCAGUUUGUGGUGUACGAAUCCAGCAAAUCCGGGAACCGACUGGAUCGCAGAGAAGGUCAUUUCCAGAACAAAACGACCAAUUCAGAUAUUACUCUGAUUUUGGAAGAAGCCCAGCGAUAUCAAAGGAUAAAAGGAUGGGGCUCCGUCACAGAUGCAGCUUCCAUCAACAUUUUGGCUUUGUCGCCGAAUGCCCAGAGAAAUUUACUCCGUUCUUACUUCUCGGAGGAAGGGAUCGAAUACAAUCUUGUGCGCAUGCCAAUGGCGAGUUGCGAUUUCUCUAUCCGGCCGUACACUUACGAUGAUUUUCCGUACGACUACGAGUUGAAGAAUUUCAGCCUGGUUGCAGAAGACCUCCUAAUGAAAAUCCCCAUCAUUCAUCGGGUCAAGGCUAUGUCGAAGAAGCCCAUCUUCCUUAUGGCCAGUCCAUGGACCGCUCCGAUUUGGAUGAAAAACAACGAGGACUGGAAAGGGAAAGGUUGGCUGAAAGGGCAGGCCGGAGAUGCCAUCCACAAAACCUGGGCUAACUAUUUUGUCAGGUUUCUUGACGAAUACGCCAAGCAGAAUUUAACCUUCUGGGCGAUCACCGCUCAAAACGAACCUUCCUCUGGAUUUGUGAAAAAUUAUCCUUUCCAAACUUUGGGAUUCACCGCAGAAUCACAACGCGACUUCAUUGCCCUGGAUCUUGGCCCUGCCUUGGCCCGGAGUUUACACAAAGAUAUCCGGUUAAUUACCUUAGAUGACAACCGACUUCAUCUCCCUAAAUGGGCCAAAGUGGUGUUGAGCAGUGAGAGCCAAGCCUAUCGCUACAUUCAUGGCAUCGGCCUCCAUUGGUACAUGGAUUUCAUCAGCCCCAUCAAGAGCACCGUAGAAGCCACCGAGCAUAUCUUCCCUGACUAUUUUCUGAUUGCCACGGAAGCGUGCGCCGGUUCUUUCUUUUGGGAACAGGAUGUUAUCCUGGGUUCCUGGGACCGAGGGGAGGACUACAGUCAUAGCAUCCUGGAGAAUUUGAAUCACCACGUGGUCGGUUGGAUCGACUGGAACCUGGCCCUGGAUUUACAAGGGGGACCCAACUGGGUGGAGAAUUACGUGGAUAGUCCCAUCAUUGUGGACUCCAGCAGCGACAUCUUCUACAAGCAGCCCAUGUUCUACCACCUGGGGCACUUCAGCAAGUUUAUUGUCGAAGGAUCGCAGCGCGUUGGGCUGACGGUGGUUAAAAGUUACCUUAGUUGCAACCUGGAACACGUCGCGGUGCUUCGUCCUGAUGGAUCGGCAGUGGUGGUAGUCCUUAACCGGUCUUCGUUCAACCUCACCUUCGAAAUUUCCGAUUCGGUUGGACUUAUUUCAGCCCAAAUCCCCGCCAACUCCAUCCAGACGUAUCUCUGGCGGCGCCAGUAAGGAAGGAGUAUCAUACUGGGUGCCAGUUAGGAGGAAAAAAAUAACUGAGCUACUGGGAUAGUUUACUAACCCUCUCGGGAGGUGAGAUGGUGGUUCAUCCCAAUGGAUUACGUUCUUCUAGGACAUAAACCUUGACAAGGACCAAAGAAGCAGAGAUUUGAUGUUUGCUGGGAUGAACAAACCAUGAUUCCUGAAGUGUCUAUCGAUAGAUGGUUCAAAUUAACCAAAACCAAGGUGUUCCUUCUAAUUUUCUGGCUGGGAAUUCCUUGGCAAGACUGUUGGCUUCAGCGCUGCGUGUUGCCCAAUCCUUUGGAAGUGCCCUUCAUUAAGCUUCGAAUCCUGGUUUACAAGCCACAGGGACUGUUUCCCACAACCGGCCGCCUCAAAGCCAAGUUACGACUUUCAUCUCGUGGAGUUCGACCUGGAUGAGGUCACUGAGUCCAUCUUGUUCCAGAUUCCUAGCUACCAGAGAAUAUAUCUGCUGAAUAUAACUCCAUAUUGACGACAGGAAGGGCAUCCGGCCAGUAAACAAAAAAUAGUCGGUUGAGUCCAUCUUGUUCCAGAUUCGUGGUCAGCAUUUCAAAUUAAGCAGUUGGGAUCAUCAAUAGCCGAGGUUUUUGUUUUUCAUUUUCCGUCUUCAAAUUAUUUUUGGUGUAACUGACAACAUGACACCAGGAGUGAAAUCCAGCAGGUUCUAACAGGUUCUGGAGAACCGGUAGCGGAAAUUUUGAGUAAUUCAGAGAACCGGCAAAUGCCACCUCUGGCUGGCUCCAGAGUGGGGUGGGAAUGGAGAUUUUUGCAGUAUCCUUCCCCCAGGAGGGGAGGGAAUGGAGAUUUUGCAAUAUCCUUCCCCUGCCACGCCCACCAAGCCACGCCCACAGAACUGGUAGGGAACAAUUUUGGAUUUCACCCCUGAGUGACACCCAUACUUAGCUGAUUACGUUUACUAAAAUCUGCCUUUUCCCAGCUUCAGAUUAUGCGUCCUGCACAAGGGAGAAUUAAAAUACCAUGUGGCUUAUUAUUUCUAUUAUUAUUAAUGGUUCAUCACGCGCUCAGCCAGAUGUUCAAACUGGAUAUGGCAUUUUUAUGCACCCUCGAGUUCUUUCCAAGGACCUGGAUUGCCAGAUGUGGACGCUUGAUGACGUCUUCCACCCCUCAGCUGCAGCUGGUUGUCACUCAAAAUAUGUGCCACACCCUCCAAUGUGCGACACUCGCCGGCAUCUGAUUUACUGAGCUUUUCAACCAGCCAUGGAUAAAUCCAAGAAAAGAAAAGUUUCAGAAGAAAACGGAACGUUUAAUUCAAUGACAUAUGCUAGUUUUGUGGCCGCUCGAGAAAUAAGUCAGGCACAGGGGAGGGUUUUUGUGGCUCCCGGUGUUUUCUUUUCUGUGGGAAACGGGACCAAAUGGCUCUUUGAGUGUUUAAGGUUGCAGACUCCUGGGGCUAGGCAGACACAUGAAAGGCUUCCUUGGCUGGGACUAAAAGCAAGACUUAUUUAUCCCAUGUUUCAUGUUGACUCAGCCUUCCAUCCUUCCGAAGUAGGUAAAAUGAGGACCUGGAUUGUGGGGGGCAAUAAGCUGACUUUGUAUAAAAAAAAAGAACACCGCUUAGGGGGGGCCUCCCGAAAGCCUCACUAAGCAGGUAUAUACAAAAGUAUGAAAGGCUAUUGCUUAACGCAUUGUUACGCCGCCCUGAGUCUCUGGAGAAAGGGCGGCAUAUAAAUCGAACCAAUAAAUAAAUAAAUAAAUAAAUAACACAAGAUUUCUGUUGAUGGGAUUUUGGGGUGUGACUUUCCCGUGCUUGGUUCUGUGCCCCCAGUUCUAAUUAUGCACGCACACACCUUGCGUUGGUUGUCUGCUUGACGUCUCUGAGGGACAUGCGAAAAGCAACUUUCAAAACUGGUGCAAAACGACUCACAUCUCGCUCUGGUGUUUUUCUUUUGAUUAAAGCCUGAAAUGUUUAAAAAAAAAAUUGGGGUGGGGUGGGGGGACCUGCUGUGUUACAUCCGAGCAAAGUGUGCCGAAGAUUCGAACGGAAUCACCGAAUUGAAAGGGACCUUGGAGGUCUUCUAGACCAACCCCCCGCUGCUCAAGUGUCAUAAAAAUAUCCCAAUUAAAAAAAACAAAAAAACAGGAGAUAGCAACACAAACAAUAGUUCUUACUUAAAGAUUCGGAGGUUUAUUUCAUGAACGACUAGCUGGAUACCCGUGCUCCGUUACGGAACUAUGUGAUCGGGCUUGAUAAAUCGACACUUAAAAGAGUUCGAAAAUUAAUGAGUAAUUCUCUCCCUCAGGCUAGCACCACAGAAGCCUCUCUUCUCCUCUCUUCUCUCCCUGAGGCUGGCCCCAUAGAUCCUCUCUUCUCCCUCAGGCUAGCGCCACAGAAGCCUCUCCUCUCCCUUUCUCUCCCUCAGGCUGGCCUCAUAGAUCCUCUCCUCUCCCCUUCUCUCCCUCAGGCUUGCCCCAUAGAUCCUCUACUUUCCCCUUCUCCCCCUCAGGCUUGCCCCAUAGAUCACAGACAAUGGCCCUGCAUAUUGUAGUCACUCCUUUGCUGAAUUUUGUGACAAAUGGCAAAUUAAACAUCUUUUUGGCAUACCUUAUAACACUAUGGGACAGGCCAUAGUGGAGUGAGCAAAUUUUACUUUAAAAUCUGCUUUAGAUAAACAUAAACAAACAGGAGGGAUUCCUAUAGGUCUCCCUGGUAAACAGGAAUGGUUGAAUAAAGUUCUGUUUACUCUGAAUCAUCUUAAUAUCACAAAUUUAUCAACUCCAGUAGAUAAUCAUUUUGGAAGUAGAAUAAGUCAUCCCCAGCCACAGGUAAUGUAUAGAUUAUUGCCUAAUCCCGAAUGGCAUGGACCUGUUCCCUUAUUGACAUGGAGAAGGGGGUAUGCUGCUGUGCUUACUCCUACAGGUCUGGUGUGGAUCCCUGCUCGGUGUGUGAAACCGUGGAAGGAUGGCGUGGCACCAAGGACUGAAAAACCCGAUCCCAAAAUUCUCCCUCAGCCUGCAGAACCCUCAGCAGGAUCGGGACCGAGCACCUCGUCAGAAACAUCAAGUGACCUGGAGGCAGAUUAAGGCCCUCUCUGCUCAAUCUACAAAAUUGCUACAGGAAAAGGACAUGCCACAGACACCAGAGAACUUUUUGGUAGCGGCAUUUGCUUGUUUAAAUGCCAAUUCUGUAACUAUUGUAAUGUGUAUUCUUUUUAUAUGUAUUUUUCCUCCUGGCGUGGCUACAGUGCCUUUGCAAGAUGGAAUUCCAGAGCAAGGAACAAAAUUCCUAUAUAUGGGAUGUGCAAAAUAUCUCCCUGGAACUGUUCUGUUCCCAACCACACGCACACACACCAACAGACGUUCAAGAGUUAAAGACCAAACCAGCCGGCAAAAUCCUUUUCCUUAUGAUAACGGAACUUGGCAACAACCUAGUGGCUGCCUGCCAAGAGUUUAUUAUUUACGAAGAGGAGAGAUAACGUCUCCCCUCUCCUGGUACAUCAAAAGAAACAGCUCAAUAAUUACAGAGUGAAUCAAGUCCAGAGAUAAUCCAGCAAAGUCUAUAGCAACAAGUCCGGCAAUGCAGAAUGGCGUGGAAGCUUUCAGCUUUGUUCGUCACAAGGUUUGACUGGCCACCACGCUCCCUUUUAUACCCUGUGGGGUGUGGUCCAGUGACUCAGCCUAAUCUCGGGCACGCCUUUUCUUCUGUUGCGCGCGUUUAUCUCUGCGACGCUGGCGUGGAUCCAGCCAAGACUCAUUACCCUCAUCAUUGUCCAUCUGUGGCUGCAUGGACGUGCUUGGCGGACACCGAAGGCAUUGCCAGAGAGGAGGGUCCUGGAGAGGGAGGCCUUGCCAACUCCUCUCCUUCACUCUCGGAGUCCUCUCCUGCCAAUGACACAGGCUCAGGUAACGAAGCCACAACAGGAACGCUACAAGAAGAAAAAGUUAAUUAUACUAUUUUAGCCAUUGGUAGCAGGCUUCAAGAAGUAGCGGCAUAUUGUUGGGAAUUCAUUAACCAUACUAGGAAGGCAUCUGUUGAUGUUGGAAAGUAUCCCUAUUGUAACACGACCUUUGUUCUUACAAAUAGUGCUCAUUGUUAUCUUAGUUACCAUUGCCUUAAUUUGCUGUUGCUGCUGCGUGCAAUGUUUGCCUGGUUUGUUGACGGUAUUUCGUCCAAGAAUUCGGCCCUCCAGAUCUGAAGUUAUGUAUGCAUACAAAUUAUUAAAAAAUAAAGAAUAAAAUAAAAAGGAGGAGAUGUUGGGGUGGUUGUUUUCUCAGUAGUUGGCAAACCACGCUGAGGAAUGCAAAUGUCAGCACAAUGAUCCUUAAAGACCCUGGGGACAUGAGGUCUGUCACGUAAGCAAGCUCACAUUGUUUGCAACAGGAAAACAUGAACUGUCCAUGCACUGUCCACAUGGAUAGCAUAUCCUAUAGCCUGGCUUUGUUUAGCCAAUCAACUACAAAGUGAACUUUGAUCAAUGAAUCAGCUUCUGCCACGAAGACCACACAGAGCAAUAAAAAGGGGGCUCCCAGAAGCUGUUCUCUGGGCCUUCCCAUUAACCUUC